GCGCGUCGGGGAGGCAGAAACCAUGGAUCCCGGGCAGCAGCCGCCGCCUCCGUCGGCCCCGCAGGGCCCGGGGCAGCCGCCCGCGCAGCCCCCGCGGGGGCAGGGCCCGUCGUCCGGCGGGCAGCCGGCACCCCCGGGGUCCCAGGCGGCGCCACAGGCCCCCCCCCCCCCCCCGGCCGGACACCAGAUCGUGCACGUCCGCGGGGACUCGGAGACCGACCUGGAGGCGCUUUUCAAUGCCGUCAUGAACCCCAAGACGGCCAACGUGCCCCAGACGGUGCCCAUGAGGCUCCGGAAGCUGCCGGACUCCUUCUUCAAGCCGCCGGAGCCCAAGUCCCACUCCCGACAGGCCAGUACUGAUGCAGGCACUGCAGGAGCCCUGACUCCACAGCACGUUCGAGCUCAUUCCUCUCCAGCUUCACUGCAGCUGGGAGCUGUGUCCCCUGGGACACCGACCCCCACAGGAGUGGUCUCCGGCCCAGCAGCUACCCCCACAGCUCAGCACCUUCGACAGUCUUCUUUUGAAAUACCUGACGAUGUACCUCUGCCAGCAGGCUGGGAGAUGGCCAAGACAUCUUCUGGUCAGAGAUACUUCUUAAAUCACAUCGAUCAGACAACAACAUGGCAGGAUCCCAGGAAGGCUAUGCUCACCCAGAUCAAUGUUACAGCCCCCACCAGUCCACCAGUGCAGCAGAAUAUGAUGGACUCGGCCUCAGGUACUCUUCCUGAUGGAUGGGAACAAGCCAUGACUCAGGAUGGAGAAAUUUACUAUAUAAACCAUAAGAACAAGACCACCUCUUGGCUAGACCCAAGGCUUGACCCUCGUUUUGCCAUGAACCAGAGAAUUAGCCAAAGUGCUCCAGUGAAACAGCCACCACCGCUGGCUCCCCAGAGCGCUCAAGGAGGAGUCCUGGGUGGCGGCAACUCCAACCAGCAGCAACAGAUGCAGCUGCAGCAACUGCAGAUGGAGAAAGAGAGACUGCGACUGAAGCAGCAAGAACUGCUUCGGCAGGAAUUAGCUCUCCGGAGCCAGUUACCAACACUGGAGCCGGAUGGUGGGACUCAGAACCCAGUGUCUUCUCCUGGGAUGUCUCAGGAAUUGAGAACAAUGACGACCAAUAGCUCAGAUCCCUUUCUGAACAGUGGCACCUAUCACUCUCGAGAUGAGAGUACAGACAGUGGACUGAGCAUGAGCAGCUACAGUGUCCCUCGAACCCCAGAUGACUUCUUGAACAGUGUUGAUGAAAUGGAUACAGGUGAUACUGUCAACCAAAGCACACUGCCCUCCCAGCAGAAUCGUUUUCCAGACUACCUUGAAGCCAUUCCUGGGACAAAUGUGGACCUUGGAACACUGGAGGGAGAUGGAAUGAACAUAGAAGGAGAGGAAUUGAUGCCAAGUCUUCAGGAAGCUCUGAGUUCUGACAUCCUUAAUGACAUGGAGUCCGUUUUGGCUGCCACCAAGCUAGAUAAAGAAAGCUUCCUUACAUGGUUAUAGAGCCCUCAGGUAGACUGAAUUCUAAAUCUGUGAAGGAUCUAAGGAGAUAAGACACACAUACCAGAAAUUUCCAAAUAAGCCAGUUGCGAUCUCCUGGCUAAUACAGAAAAAGAUGAACAAACGUCCAGCAGGAUUCUUUCAUCCACUGUUUUGCUCUUCCUUGUCCAUUCUGCUGUAACUUUAUUGCUGACCUCUUUCAUAGUUGGCCCUAAAGAAUCAAAAAAAAACCCCACAAAACUUCUUGUUUCUUUUGCUAUUAUAACUACUGUUUGUUUGGGGGCUGGGGGAAGUGAGCCUCUUUUGAUAAUGGAUGCCAUUCCUUUUGCCCAGUUAGAUGUUCACCAAUUAUUUUAACUAAAUAGACCUGGAAGUCAGAUGCUUCAUGUCACCACAUUUAGUUUGUUUAAGCAAUUAUUUCUUCAGCUGCUUUUGGCCAGUGGAAAAACAUGACUUACUGUUCUGAUAAACCAAAUAUGCUGUGUCUGAUAUUAAGUACUUAAUGAUGAUUUGUCGAGAUAGCUGAAACCAAGGCUGAAGACUGUUUUACUUUCAGUGGGUUUUGUUUUGUUUUGUUUUUUCCUCCUAGUGCUAUAUCAUUAGUCACAUAGUGACUUUGAUUUUAUUUUAGGAGCUUAUAAGGCAUGAGACAAUUUCCAUAAAAAUAUAUUAAUUAUUGCCACAUACUCUAGUAUAGGUUUUGAUGGGUUUGUAUUGUGGGUUUGUUUUGUUUUGGUUGAUUGGGUUUUUGUUUUUUUUCUGGAACCGAGGCAAAUGACCAUAGUAGUGAGUCUGUUUAUAGUUGUAGCUGAGAUGGUUAUUAUAGUUUCUUUGGUAAAAUCUACAUUUCCUGAUUUUUUACAUUUUUAUUUAAAUCUUGAUUAUCUGCUCUCUCCAUAUAUAUAUAUAUAUAUAUAUAUAUAUAUAUAUAUAUAUAUAUAUACACACACACACACACACACACACACACAUACCCUGACACACUUAUAAUUUCAUAUGAUAGUGUGAUAGCAGAAUGUAUAGGUUUUUUUUUAGGUUUCCCUUUCCAAUUUAUUUUAAAAUGGUAGUUUUGAAUAUAUGCAUUUAGAAUACAUGACUAAUGGUUUAUAUUUCACAGGUAGUUUAAAUCUGGUUGAGGCAGUCUACAGAUGUUUGAGGAAGUUUCAUGUUCUAGAAAGGCUGUUGUUGUGGAUAAUGCCUUAAGGAUAAUGCCCUCUGGGCACACAAGAGUAUUAUCUGAUGAAUUUGAAAGAAGCAAACAGGAAAUGGCUAUAUUUCCCCCUUGUUACUCCCUUGGACUAAUUUUAAGUCUUGAUGGGCAAUCACUGAGUAGGUUCAUAAUGUACAUGUCAGAAGUAAGUUUUAUGUGGUCAUGCACCUGCCUGUAGUUUUGGAAGUUUUACCUUCACCUUAGUUUUGGAAAUAAAUUCUAGUUAUUUUAGUUGUCAUUUGUUAAUGAUCAUUAACUACAUUAUUGCCUACAAGACUAUUCAUAUAAGACUUGCUCUUACUUCUAUAUACUGAGAAUUGACCCUGGACAGUAUAAUGCUGUACGGUCAUGUGUUAGCUGGUAAAAUGGUCAGAUUAAUAAAUGUAUAUUGGUAGUUGACUUUAGCAAAGAAAUAGUGAUAAUCAUGAGUAUACUUUUAUUUUUACAGGAAGAGAUAUUACUAGAGUAUGUGUCUACAGGAGUAAUAAUGGUUUCCAAAGAGUAUUUUUUAAAGGAAAAAAAUGAGCAUGAAUCCACUCUUCAGUAUAAGCUGUGAAGGAAUAGUUGGGUGUGAAUUACAGUGGCACCAGCUAGCACCUCUGUGAUUAAGGGUCUUUCAGUGUUCCUAGAGUAAGCCCUUAUUUUCAAGGGUUUAUAACAGGCAUAAAAUUUCUUUUCCUGGCUAAACCUGUUCUGAAAAGCCUCAGCUUGGGAAGAUAGAUUUUUUUUCUAAUUAACAAAAUCUAAGUAUUUUGACCCUUCAAUUUAGAGAAGUACAAAAGUUGGAAGUAAAGUUUCAUAUUAAGUAUUUUUAGUGCUCAAAAACAAUGCAAUCUCUGUGUUGUAUAUAAGGAUUAAUAGGUCAAUCACUCAUAAUAAAUGACUCUAAGGCUUUUUAUUAAGAAAACACCAGAGAGAUUAAAUCUUGAAAUAAGUCUGGGGGAAAGUGGCCACUGUGCAGAUACAUUGAUUUUUUUUUUUUAGAGCAAUAAUGAAA